AUGAAAGCAGAUAGCGCAGCUUGGAUCCAAAGCUUUGGCGUCUUCGAUGUUAAGGCACAAAAGGUGUACGAAAAGGCGGCACCUAUUCUGCUCGUUGCGUUAGCCUAUCCUUCGUUGCCUCUCUAUACUGCCAGACUUGCAGCAGAUUUAGUAGUCAUAUAUCGCAUUAUUGAUGAAGCUACAGACUUGCUUGACACUACCGAGGCAAGAGACCUUUGCGACGUUAUCAUGGAUGUGUUAAGAAAUCCUGAUAGGAAGCGCUCCGAUGAUGAGCACAUACUUGGAAAGAUAAUUCAAAGGUAG